AGCCAGUCUCUCCUUAGCAACCAGCCAAACAUCCUGUCUAAGCUCUUUGAACAAAGUUACAGCGGAGGUGUCUCCUGCUUCGCGUCUACAGGGCUCCGUCUCCUCAUUGUCAUUUCCCUCUCACUUUGUUUUGGACCCCAACAUCUCUUUGUGCCCGCCAGUUACUAAGUUGGUUGUGAGCCACCUGACUCCUGCCGCAAACCAACCACGAACGAAAUGAGUUCUGGUGGCUGACUACGAUAGUGCUCUCUUCGAGGAAGCUUCUCCGUCUGGCAGGAUUAGGAAAAUCCGAGGAGCAGAAGGAAAGGAACCCGGCUUUUAGGCUCCACCCACUGACCGUGAGGUCAGAGCGCCUUUGCCCCACGCAGGCCCCGCCUGCCCCAUGCAGGCCCCGCCCGCCCCGCGUUGGCUUCUGGGAUCUCUUCCCAGCAUGCAGUGCUCCAGACGAAGCCAGUUCCGCGCCAAGCGCGCGGUCUGAGAUCCUUUCCCGAAGUCCCUUGCGCGGCACCUGGCGACAAAAUGGCUGCCCGAGGGAGACGGGCGGAGCCUCCGAGUCGGGAGGCGCCCGGCCCAGCGGGCGGCGGCAGGAGCCGAUGGGCUGAGUCGGGGCCGGGAACGUCACCCGAGAGCGGGGACGACGAGGUGUCGGGCUCAAGUCCGGUGUCCGGCGGUGUGAACUUGUUCGCCAACGACGGCAGCUUCCUGGAGCUGUUCAAGCGGAAGAUGGAGGAGGAGCAGCGACAGCGGCAGGAGGAGCCACCCCCGGGCCCGCAGCGACCCGACCCAUCGGCCUCCGCCGCGGCGGGCCCAGGGAAUCCGAAGAGGAAGGGCGGCCCAGGCCCCACGCUCAGCUUCGUGGGCAAGCGCAGAGGCGGGAACAAACUAGCCCUCAAGACGGGAAUAGUAGCCAAGAAGCAGAAGACGGAGGAUGAGGUAUUAACAAGUAAAGGUGACGCAUGGGCCAAGUACAUGGCAGAAGUGAAAAAGUACAAAGCCCACCAGUGCGGUGACGAUGAUAAAACUCGGCCCCUGGUGAAAUGACCCCUUCCCAGGUGCUCAUUACCUGGACUCUCUGCGAUGUACAUAACUAUUUAAUGUGGUAAUGGCAGCGGCCUUCCUGGAGGACUGAUACACAGAAGGAAACCGAGGCGCUUCCCAUGGCCGCACACCAUUCUCCAGGACUCUUUUUUACCUUGAGCACUUGCCUCCUGAGACUUACUAGACCAGUGGUUUACUGUCCCCUGGCUUCCCACCACCUCACUUUCUCUGGCUCUGUCUGUCUCUUCUUGCUGUCUCUCUCCUUUUAGCAGUCACUUCUAAGAAGUAAAGAACCUGAUUUAGUGCUGGA